AUGGUAAGGGAAGGAAAUAGUGACGAAAUUAACCAAAAUUCAAACUCUUCAAAUAGAUCUCAAGUGCAAUAUAUUUCAAUCCCGAUAAAUCGUGGAAUAUCAAGUGACAGACCUAUUGGUAUCAGUUUAGCUAAUGACAGUUUUGAUGAAAGUAACGCUUCUGAUUCCCACUCAAUUUUAUCUUCGUCAAGUUCAAUUAAUAAUUUAAAUGGGAAUGAUAAUGAAGGUAAUGUUGUCAAUAGAAGAAAAUCAAUAUUAGAUUACCCAAUCGGCUCAUUCAAAGGUGUUAACUCUUUGAGUAGAUUCGCAAAUUCUUUGCAUAGAGCUCAUUCAUUCAGAGCAAUUGAUCUAAAACAUGAUAUCGAAAGGUCCUACUUUAAAGAUACCGAUGAUGAACUUUACGAUCCAACUACAUUAGCACCAUCACAUACCGGUAGAAGGUUAUCUCUGACUUUAAAUCAGGCGGCAAGAAAUUUUGGAGUUUCAGAAUUGUCCAAAAAGCCAUCUGCCUUAAAUAUGGAUGUGACCAAUAAUAGUAUCGAUUAUGGAUCAAUUUCAAGACAAACAAGUCAUAACUCACUGUUGCGUCACUCUAUUUCAAUUGCCAACUCUUUGAGGACAACAAACAAUAUUGAUGAUGUAGCAAAUUUUGAUAAUUCCAUUGUAGUUAAACAAGUUCAAGGAAAAGAUGGUAAAGUUGUGACAGUUCUUGCAGGUCAGUCAACUGCACCUCAAACAAUCUUUAAUUCUAUCAAUGUUUUAAUCGGAUUAGGGUUAUUGGCUUUACCACUAGGAUUAAGACAUGCAGGUUGGGUUCUUGGUCUACUGUUGCUUUGCAUAUUUGCUGGAGGUACUUUCUGUACCGCUGAAUUGCUUUCUAGAUGUUUGGAUACUGAUCCAACAUUGAUGUCAUAUGCAGAUUUAGGUUACGCAUCCUUCGGUUCAAAAGGUCGUUUGCUAAUUUCGUCUUUAUUCACUUUAGAUUUAUUAGGAUGUGGUGUUUCUCUUGUCAUCCUAUUCGGGGAUUCUUUAAAUGCUCUAUUUCCUCAAUAUUCUACUACUUUCUUCAAAAUUCUAGGUUUUUUUGUCAUUACUCCACCAGUGUUUUUGCCAUUAAGUGUAUUAUCUAACAUUUCAUUAUUAGGUAUUAUGUCCACUAUUGGUACUGUGGUUGUGGUUCUUUUAUGUGGUUUAUAUAAACAAGAUGCUCCAGGUUCAUUAAUUGAUACAAUGCCAACAAACCUAUGGCCUGUUAGUUUCAAAAGUUUUUGUUUAUCUAUUGGCUUAUUAAGCGCAUGUUGGGGUGGUCAUGCUGUCUUCCCAAACUUAAAGACCGAUAUGAGACAUCCAGAAAAGUUUAAAGAUUGUUUAAAAACUACUUAUAAAAUAACUGCUACUACAGAUAUUGGUACUGCAAUAAUUGGUUUUUUAAUGUUUGGUGAUUUGGUUAUGGGUGAAAUUACUACAAAUGUUAUGUUACAAAAGGGUUAUCCUAAUUUUGUGUAUAUUUUACUUUCAGCAUUGAUGUCCAUCAUUCCAAUUUCCAAAACUCCAUUAAAUGCUAGACCUAUUAUAUCUAUUUUAGAUUUUAUGUUUAAAGUUCAGAAUCCAGACACUGACUACAAGGGUAAUAGCUUAAUGUUUGCUAAAUCUAUCCAAUUUUUCAAUCGUGUAUUCAUUAAUGCAGUGUUUGUAAUUAUUGCAAUUAUGUUUCCAAAGUUCGAUAAAUUAAUAGCAUUCCUUGGUGCAGGUUUAUGUUUUACAAUCUGUUUGAUAUUGCCAUGUUUAUUCUAUUUGCGUAUCUGCAAAAAUACAAUCAAACAAUGGGAAAGAGUUGCGUGUAAAAUUACCAUUUGUGUCAGUUUGAUAUUAGGUGUCGCUGGUAUCACAGCUGCCAUUAUGUCUUAA